CCAACUGCAAGGGUGGUCUGAAAGCUGGUCUCAUCCCUGCAAUGACCAAAGUCACAGCCGGCUCUCGCUGGUGAACAGUGGGUCUCCUGGAGUCUGAGCAUUCCAAGAAGAGCUGAUCCUUGGGUUCAAAGCAAGGAUGCGGGAAAUCGUGCACAUUCAAAUCGGCCAGUGUGGCAACCAGAUUGGAGCCAAGUUCUGGGAGGUGAUUGGUGAGGAACAUGGGAUCGACUGUGCUGGGAGUGACCUUGGGGCAUCUGCUUUGCAGCUGGAAAGAAUCAGCGUGUACUACAACGAAGCCUACGGUAAGAAGUAUGUGCCUCGAGCAGUCCUGGUGGACCUGGAACCUGGGACGAUGGAUAGCAUCCGAUCCAGCAGAUUAGGAGCCCUCUUUCAACCAGACAGCUUUGUGCAUGGUAACUCUGGGGCUGGCAACAACUGGGCAAAGGGCCAUUAUACCGAGGGAGCCGAGCUGAUCGAGAACGUCAUGGAUGUAGUGAGGAACGAGAGCGAGAGCUGUGACUGCCUGCAGGGCUUCCAGGUCGUCCACUCCCUGGGUGGGGGCACAGGCUCCGGCAUGGGCACUCUGCUCAUGAACAAGAUCCGAGAGGAAUACCCAGACCGGAUCUUAAAUGCCUUCAGCGUCAUGCCAUCCCCCAAAGUGUCGGACACGGUGGUGGAGCCCUACAACGCCGUGCUGUCCAUCCACCAGCUGAUUGAGCACGCUGAUGCCUGCUUCUGCAUCGACAACGAGGCACUCUACGACAUCUGCUUCCGCACGCUGAAGCUGACCACGCCCACCUACGGGGACCUCAACCACCUGGUAUCUUUGACCAUGAGCGGCAUCACCACCUCCCUGCGCUUCCCGGGCCAGCUCAAUGCAGACCUGCGCAAGCUGGCUGUGAACAUGGUGCCCUUCCCUCGCCUGCACUUCUUCAUGCCGGGCUUUGCCCCGCUCACCGCCCAGGGCAGCCUGCAGUACCGGGCCCUCUCCGUGGCGGAGCUCACCCAGCAGAUGUUUGAUGCCCGCAACACCAUGGCUGCCUGUGACCCACGCCGCGGCCGCUACCUGACAGUGGCCUGCAUCUUCCGGGGUAAGAUGUCCACAAAGGAAGUGGACCAGCAGCUGCUCUCCGUGCAGACGAGGAACAGCAGCUGUUUUGUGGAGUGGAUUCCCAACAACGUCAAGGUGGCUGUCUGUGACAUCCCUCCCCGGGGGCUGAACAUGGCGGCCACUUUCAUAGGCAACAAUACAGCCAUUCAAGAGCUCUUCAGCAGGGCUUCUGAGCAUUUCUCAGCCAUGUUCAAAAGGAGAGCUUUUGUGCAUUGGUACACUAGUGAAGGGAUGGACAUCAACGAGUUUGGGGAAGCCGAAAGCAACGUCCAUGAUUUGGUGUCCGAGUACCAACAAUUUCAAGAUGCCAAAGCCAAUCUGGAAGAAAGUGAAGAGGUGAUGGAGCAGGUGGAAACGGAAGCAGAGGAGAAGGACCCUUAGCAGGGACAGAUGCUGCAGGAGAGUCACUCACAGAAGUUUCUCCAAAGAUUUGUUUCUCUCCUGCAGCACUUCAUGGCUGCCUUACACUGUAGCCCAGCUACAGAGGGGGCUUUGGGGGUAGGAGGCUAAUAGGCACUAGGGUCUCUGCCCAGUUAUGCACUGUGAGUGGUUUGAUAGUCAAUGCACACUCUAUUAUCUUUCUCUUUUACUUUUCUUUCUUUCUUUCUUUUUUUUUUUUUAACAGUGAAGUGAAAACACCAUAGCGUGCCUCCUUUAUUUUAAAGUGUAUUGAGUCUUGACUUCAGGCCUAGCCCUAGCCAGGCAACCAGACUGCACGUGUAGGUUUGCAGGAGGCCUGUGCAGUUCACUCUUAACUCUUCAGCAGCACUGUCAGGUCCUGGCAUCCUAGGGCAGCCAAGACUCACCUUGGUCUCUGUCUUCCUCACUAACACUAUCUGGAAUCCUGCCUUCCUUGUUGCUGGCCUCCAAAAGAGGCAGGUGACCACUAGCAUAUGGUGAUUUAUAGGCUCAGGAAAGUGCCAAUAUCCACUAGUAUACUGCAUAGAGUGUAUAUAUACCUCAACACAUGAACUGGAAAGGGAAAACAGAAAAACAAGAGAGUGAAAAACACAACUAAAGCACACUGAUCCUCUGAUUCUGAUUUCUGAAUAAUUAGCUUUCAAAACACACACACAUCCAUUUUAACUUUCUAAUCAGUAUUAGAUUUCAGGAAUUCACUAAUAAUUAUCUUUGGCUUUCCUUUUAUAGGCAAUUUGGAAACAUGCUUUCCAGUUUUAUUCAGUAGUUGCCCUUCUCCCACAGCCCCUAAAACGCUGUGUGGCUUCUGUGCUCUCUGAGAAAGGGCACGCUGCAUACUCGGCAACCACUCAAAUGUAGGAAUUAAGCAGAAAUGGCUGCAGUGUCCUUCUUGGUUACGGAGGACAUUGUCUCAUUAGGGAACUUUUACAGUUCAAAUUAAUUUGCAGAAGUUGCCAUAAAUGUUUGCAUAAGGACACAGCUUUAACCAUCACAAGAUUUUAAUCUGCUCACAUUACAACAGAACCAAAUACACAAGAGCGUAAUCAAAUCAUCCAUAACUUCUUAAUUACAGUUUACCUAUUUUUGACACACCGCACUGUGGUUCCUUGCAUACUGUGAAGGUCUUAAUGGCCUUCUAGCAUCACCACUGAGCUCUAUUAUGGGACCAUGCAUAACUGGUGAUGGGAAAAUACUCUGACACUGACUUUAGGAAAUAUUUACUUGCCGGCAACUGGGUUCCCAUCUCCUGAUGUGCUUUUGUUAUUGGCAAUAAUAAUGGAGCAGGUGGAUGGACGAGUUGCUCAUUCUGGGAAAUGUCACUCUUUUCUGUGUGCAUCUCGAGGAAAUAACUAAAAUACAUACCAAGAGAAAAUUAGGCCUUGCCACUGGCAUCUCUCACAGCCUUCUAUUUACAAAAUUAAAAAAGCACAAAACAAUGGUUUAAAACAUUUUACUUGUGUGUGGUUUGCGAAGCACUAGAUUUAGUAAGAAACUACAUAUAUGCACUCUUUUAAGUUAAUAACCUUCCCAGAUGCUGAAAAGACUUGGAGCAUGUGAUUAUGGCAGAUUUACACACACACUUCCUCUGGCACUUUCUUU